AUGCUCGUCUUGGGUGGUGGAGGGUACACUUUGAGGAAUGUAGCUAGAUGUUGGGCAAAUGAAACUGGUGUCUUACUCGACGUUGAAAUGACCAAUGAGAUUCCCGAAAAUGCUGAGUACCUUCCAUUUUUCGAGCCAGAAUUCACACUCCGCCCUGAACUCCCUAAACGUGCUGAUAACCAUAAUACAAAAGAGUUUCUCGCUGCCAUUAGACAAGAAAUUACUGAAAACUUACGUCAAGUUCGUGGAGCUCCAUCGGUUCAAUUCAUGCCAAUCCCUGAAGACAUGAUUGACAUCGAUGUGGCUUUGUGUCGACCUGAACUUGGAGACGAAGAAAGAGGAAAAGAUCAUGAAGAAACGAACGUCACAUUCUCAGGAAUAGAAGUAUAA